AGCAGAGAGAGAGAGAGAGAGAGAGAGAGAGACACUGACCAUCCUAAGAUUCCUCUGCGAGCACUUUAUUCUCUUCCACCCUCACACGUAUUUGAGCCAAGCUCGCCCGCUCGCUCGCUCACACACAACACAACACAAGCACCUCCUCCAACGGCUCAAGGUUUCUUUUUUUCCAUUCAAGAUUCACCCUUCUUGGCUGCUCUCAACGCUUCUCUCUUCCUCCUCGCAUAAGCUGCGUGGUAGGCUACUGCCUACUAGUAGUAGCAGUGGCAUAGUAUUGGUUCCUCUUCUCCCUUUGCUUCGGAAGCCGGUAAGCUAGCUACGGGCAUUAGUGUUGCCAGCCAACCAACCCAGCCUCUCCUCUGCCUGUCCUCCUCGCUCGCUCGCAGAGGGAAGAGAAGAGAAGAGAAUCCACAUUUUGUUCUCAUCCUCAUCAAUCCUCUCUCAUCUUUCCAUCAAAUCACCCAAUCUUUGUUUAUAGAGGAGCGCAUGUAGCCAAACAGUGGCCGCAUUGUCUCCACCUCCCUUCUCCCUUCCUUCCUGAAUUUCCUUGGCCCCCUCCCCACCCGCUGCCGAGCAACAGGUUUCGGCAGCGGCAGCAGCUUCGACCACCCUGGGCUGCUUGCUGCAUGAGUGCUGUGCUUCACUGAGCAAGGAAGGCAACGAUGAGAGAUGGCUGCAACACCACCAAGAAGAGCAAGCUGUCGUGGUCCAAGAGCUUGGUGCGGAAGUGGUUCAACAUCAGGAGCAAGGCCCACGACUUCCACGCCGACGACGCCGCCGCCGCCACCGGGAGGAGAGGCGGCGACGAUGACGAGUGGAGGGGCAGCAGCUUCGCCAGGAACGAGCCGGCCAGCGCCGCCAAGAAGAGCAGGACGGAGAGGCCCUCCAGGCGGAGCCGCGAGCACUCGCGGCGGGGCAAGAUCGACCUCGACGCCGCCGAGGCCACCGUCACCAUGGACUACAGGAUCUUCGUUGCUACGUGGAAUGUGGGCGGCCGAUCCCCUCCCGGCGGCAUGGGCCUAGAGGACUGGCUCCACGCUGCGCCGCCCGCCGACAUCUACGUGCUCGGGUUCCAAGAGAUCGUGCCGCUGAACGCCGGGAACGUGCUGGGCACGGAGGACAACGGGCCGGCGAGGAAGUGGGUGUCGCUGAUCAGGAGGACGCUGAACGACCUGACGGGCGCGGGCAGCGGCAGCGGCAACGGGAGCUUCCGGACGCCGUCGCCGGCGCCGCCGGACCCGGUGGCGGAGGCGGACGACGACUUCGAGGGGGCGAGGCACCAGACCAACAACGCGGCCUUCUUCCACCGCCGCUCCUUCCACAGCCGGAGCCUGAGGAUGGAGGGCGACGCCCUGGCGCCGCAGCCCAGGCUGGAGCGCCGGUACAGCGUCUGCGACCGCGCCAUCUACGGCUCCCGCCGGCCCAGCGACUACGAGGCGCACUGCCGGUGGGGCGGGUCGUCGGACGACGACAACAACACCGGGGAGUCGCCCAGCACGGUGUACUCGCCGAUGUCAUACGGGUACAGCCACGCGCCGUCUCUGGACGACGGCCAGAGACCAGCUUCAGGUCACACUAGAUAUUGCCUGGUUGCAAGCAAGCAAAUGGUGGGACUGUUUCUGAUGAUUUGGGCUCGGAAGGACAUUAGGGAUGACAUCAGAAAUCUCAAGGUUUCUUGUGUUGGCAGAGGACUGAUGGGCUACCUUGGGAACAAGGGUUCGAUUUCGAUUAGCAUGACAUUGCACCAAACGAGCUUCUGCUUCGUCUGCAGCCACCUGACGUCGGGGCAGAAGGAUGGCGACGAGAUGCGGAGGAAUUCAGAUGUGCUUGAGAUCCUCAGGAAGACCAGGUUCCCAAUGGUUUACGGGCAGUAUGAGCGCUCACCGGAAACUAUCUUAGAGCAUGAUCGAAUCAUCUGGCUCGGGGACCUAAAUUACCGAAUCGCACUUUCCUAUCGGUCAGUGAAGGCCCUAGUGGAGAUGCGCAAUUGGAAAGCAUUGCUGGAGAAAGAUCAGCUAAGGAUUGAACAGAGAGGCGGGCGAGUGUUUGUCGGAUGGAAUGAGGGGAGGAUAUACUUCCCGCCGACAUACAAAUACUCGACCAAUUCCGACAAGUAUGCCGGGGAGGACAUGAACCAGAAGGAGAAGAGGAGAACUCCUGCAUGGUGCGAUCGCAUUUUGUGGUAUGGAAGGGGCCUAGGUCAACUAUCAUACGUCCGAGGCGAAUCCCGGUUCUCAGAUCAUAGGCCGGUCUACAGCGUAUUCAGUGCAGAGGUGGAGUCGAUCAAUCACAGCCGAAUUCAAAAGAUGAGCUGUUCAAGCUCGCAGUUGGACAUCGGAGAACUACUGCCCUACUCUUAUGGAUACACCGAUAUCAACCCGUACGGCUACACCGACCUGAAUUUCUACUGAAAGGGUCCAUGAACUUUGGAAAAACACCAAGUGGUCAGCCAUGUAACUAGUGAUGACUGAUGAGAAGGCUGAACCGUUGAUGGCGAGCACGGGGGUAAUUGGACAGAAGUGUAAGCUUCUGAUCAAUCGGUCGGUGGCAUUCGUACAUGUCUUGAUCAAUACAGUUAAUUUGCCAAGCACAAAGAGCUGACUGAAUUCAUCAAGAUCACAGACUUGCACAUUGGAUAUCCUCAGAAACCACCAAGUUCACAGGAUUCAAACAAUUGAGUACAAGAGACUGCAGCCAGUGGCCGCCAAGAUUCAAAUCAUUUCAUUUCACCGGAUCCAAACCUCAAAGAUAGUAACAAGGAACCCAGAUGGCACACCAAUUAUCAGAUGGCCUGCUUCCAUAUGAGACAGUACGCCGAUCCAAUCAUAAGUCCAGGAGACCUUGUCCGGCCACCACAGCAAAGAUAGAUAGAUACCAUGGCACAGAUGGCAUCGGAAACCGUGCGGCAGACUAUUUCCUCCCCUUCCUCAUACCUGUACAUUGUAGUAGUGUUGCAGCAUUGUUGAUCCUCCUCCUAUCUCUGUCUGUCUGUCACUCCCCCCUGUUUUCAGACGGCAGCGACAAGCAGCAGUACUGGUCCUUUGCACAGCCUACACUCCUCUGCGUGCAGUUUGUAAAAGCCAUGAAUGAAUGCCUGCAUUGCAUUGCAUUGCUCCCUCCUCAUAUCAUCUCAACUCAUCUCCAUGGAUGGAAAAGGGGCGCGGCGCAGCGCAGCGCAUAGAUAGGGAGGGGCCAUCAUUGUUCACGAGCGAUGUCUGAAUCAGCUGAGCUGACAAAAAGGCAGUGGUGGUGUUACCUGUCACAUUUUCACCGGCCUUGGACUCUGCAUGCAGGAAAAAUUUGUGUACAGUGCAGUGCAGUGCGCUGUGUGUUGUGUGUGUGUUAUAAUAGCAGCCUUUGUUUAUGUUUUAUACUGUAUGAAGUGUGAGCGCACGCACGCCAUGGAAAUGAUUUGAUUUGCUGGCA